AUGGGCCUCGCAAAGCCCAUUGGGCUGGUGGAGGGGCCAGGUGGCCUGGGCCAGGGAGGAGUGGCUGCCACUCUGCAGGAUGGUAGCCAAGAGACUGAGGGCAAGUUCGAGGAGUUCGGGUACAAUGCACAGCUCAGUGACCGCAUCUCCCUGGAUAGGACCAUCCCGGACUAUAGGCCCAAGAGGUGCAAACAGAUAACGCACUCUGAAGACCUUCCCCAGAUCUCUGUGGUCUUCAUCUUUGUCAACGAGGCCCUUUCAGUUAUCCUGCGCUCUGUACACAGCGUGGUCAACCACACACCUUCCCAGCUCCUGAAGGAAGUCAUUUUGGUGGAUGACAGCAGCGACAAUGUGGAACUCAAGUUCAACCUGGACCAGUACGUUCACAAAAGGUACCCAGGCCUCGUGAAAGUUGUGCGCAACAGCCGUCGGGAAGGUCUGAUUCGUGCCCGGCUUCAGGGCUGGAAGGUGGCCACGGCUCCCGUUGUUGGCUUCUUUGAUGCCCACGUGGAGUUCAACACUGGCUGGGCUGAGCCCGCCCUUGCGCGGAUCCAGGAAGACCGUCGGCGCAUCAUCCUGCCAGCCAUUGACAACAUCAAGUACAGCACAUUUGAGGUACAGCAAUAUGCCAGCGCUGCCCACGGCUACAACUGGGGCCUGUGGUGCAUGUACAUCAUCCCUCCGCAGGACUGGUUGGACCGUGGUGAUGAGUCAGCACCCAUCAGGACACCUGCCAUGAUUGGCUGCUCGUUUGUGGUGGAUCGGAAGUAUUUCAGGGACAUUGGCCUGCUGGACCCAGGCAUGGAGGUGUACGGCGCAGAGAACAUUGAAUUGGGGAUGAGGGUGUGGCAGUGUGGCGGCAGCAUGGAGGUACUCCCGUGCUCCCGUGUGGCCCACAUUGAGCGUACCAAGAAGCCAUACAACAAUGACAUCGACUACUAUGCCAAGCGUAAUGCACUGAGAGCUGCCGAGGUGUGGAUGGAUGAUUUCAAGUCCCAUGUGUACAUGGCAUGGAAUAUUCCCAUGACAAACCCAGGAGUGGACUUUGGGGAUGUGUCCGAGAGACUGGCCCUGCGCCAGAAGUUAAAAUGCCGCAGCUUUAAAUGGUAUCUGGAGAACGUGUACCCCGAGAUGAGGAUCUACAACAACACGCUCACGUACGGAGAGGUGAGAAACAGUAAAGCCAGUGGCUAUUGCUUGGACCAGGGGGCAGAAGAUGAUGACCGGGCCAUCCUUUACCCCUGCCAUGGCAUGUCCUCACAGCUGGUGCGCUACAGUGCUGACGGCCUCCUGCAGCUGGGCCCCCUGGGCUCUACCGCCUUUCUGCCAGAUUCCAAGUGUCUGGUAGAUGAUGGCCGGGGGCGCAUGCCCACCCUGAAGAAGUGUGAAGAUGUAGCCAGGCCUACACAGAGGCUAUGGGACUUUACUCAGAGUGGUCCCAUUGUGAGCCGGGACACAGGCCGGUGUCUGGAGGUAGAGAUGUCUAAAGAUGCCAACUUUGGACUGCGGUUGGUAGUGCAGCGCUGCUCAGGGCAGAAGUGGAUGAUCCGAAACUGGAUCAAACAUACCAGGCACUGACCUCUGCCCCACCCCACCUCCACACACUCGGGCCCAGGGACUCUUGAGCGCUGCAGGACUCAGGGGAUCCUGGACUGGAGCCAGGAUGGAAACUCCUCGCCCACCCCCACAGACCCAGAGCAAUGUGGGCCCUGUACACCUCAGGGCUGGGCCCUGCCACCUGGAACAGCAGAGGAGGCCUGGGAGCAGCAGCUUCAGUUUGCUUUAGGAACCAGACUUUCCUGGGACAGGUAGCUCUGCCUGAGGGAGGACAUCUGAGGACAGUGCACACCCAUACCAAAUCAUGUGCCUUUUCUACAGUGUUCCCCAAGUGACUGCAAGGACAGCUUCCACGCAUGUACUAACCCUGUACAUAACCCAUAUGGAAAGAAACUCAGCUAUUGAGUGCUGAAGGCAGGUGCAUCCUCAUGCCAAGCACCCUGUCCUCCUAGCAGGUUCAGUCAGGCCUCGUAGCCCAGCUGCCCCUCGCUCACCUGCUCAACCUCAACAUAAUCUAAGGCAAAUUCAGAGAGUGGCCCCUUGUGCUUUGGUAAUGAGGCAAAGGGGAGAGAUCACAUGGACAGACAGACCCAGUAAACAACACCCGCACCUUUCUUCCUGAGGAUCAGCCUGGCAGUCAUGGGGCAUGAGUCUCAGUCUGGGAAGUAAGUCUCUUGUUGCUCUACCGUGUAUGCAGUGGGCAUCAUCAGAUGAUCCUCCUGGCCCUUCAUUUGUUUUAUAAAUAAAGUUUUGUCAGCGUACAG